GUUUCCAUGGCGGCGAAGACCCACGCGCCCCAACCGGUCGGCAACGGCUGUGUUCGAGACCUCGACCCUGCGGGACACGGUCGUUCUCGAAAGUUUCAGCACCCUCACUUCAGCGUCGGCUGCUGCCCAGGGUCAGCUGAGCCCUGCCUUCCCACUGUCUGUCCCCGGCCACAACAUGGGCGACCUGGAGCUACUACUGCCGGGGGAGGCUGAAGUGCUGGUGCGGAGGUUGCGCAGCUUCCCGCUGCUCGAGAUGGGCUCCGGAGGGUGGAUCCAGCAGCAUGAGAACUUGGAGAAGCUGAACAUGCAGGCCAUCCUUGAUGCUACAGCCAGCCAGAGUGAGCCCAUCCAAGAGCUGCUGGUCACCCAUGGGAAGAUCCCAACACUGGUGGAGGAGCUGAUUGCAGUGGAGAUGUGGAAGCAGAAGGUGUUCCCUGUGCUGUGCAGGCUGGAGGACUUCAAGCCCCAGAACACUUUUCCCAUAUACAUGGUGGUACACCACGAGGCCUCCAUCAUCAACCUUCUGGAGACAGUAUUCUUCCACAAGGAGGUGUGUGAGUCAGCAGAGGACACUGUCUUGGACUUGAUAGACUACUGCCACCGAAAACUGACUCUGUUGGUGGCCCGGAGUAGCCAUGGCGGCCCUCCUGAGGAGGAGGAGCCCCAGUACAGCACCCCCAUGCAGGAGCUGCAAAAACAGGCAGAGGUGAUGGAGUUUGAGAUCGCAUUAAAGGCCCUCUCGGUGCUGCGCUACAUUACAGACUGUGUGGACAGCCUUUCCUUGAGCACCUUGAACCGCAUGCUCAGUACCCACAACUUGCCCUGCCUCCUGGUUGAACUGCUGGAGCACAGUCCCUGGAGCCGGCAGAAAGGAGGCAAGCGGCAGCGAUUUGAGGGUGGCCGUUGGCAGACAGUGGGCCCCUCAGAGCAGCAAAAGCUGAGCAAGUUGGAUGGGCAGGUGUGGAUUGCCCUGUACAACCUGCUACUAAGCCACGAAGCACGGGCCCGCUACUGCCUCACCAGCUUUGCCAAGGGACAGCUACUCAAGCUUCGGGCCUUCCUCACAGACACACUGCUCGACCAGCUACCCAACCUGGCAGACCUGCAGGGCUUCCUGGCCCACCUGGCCCUGACCGAAACCCAGCCCCCUAAGAAGGACCUGGUGUUAGAACAGAUCCCAGAAAUCUGGGAGCGACUAGAAAGAGAGAACAGAGGCAAGUGGCAGGCUAUUGCCAAACACCAACUGCAGCAUGUAUUCAGCCCCUCAGAGCAAGACCUGCGGCUGCAGGCACAAAGAUGGGCCGAGACCUACAGGCUGGACGUGCUAGAGGCAGUAGCUCCAGAGCGGCCCCCCUGUGCCUACUGCAGUGCCGAAGCCUCCAAACGUUGCUCACGAUGCCAGAAUGAAUGGUAUUGCUGCAGGGAGUGCCAAGUCAAGCACUGGGAGAAGCAUAGAAAGGCUUGCGUCUUGGCAGCCCAAGGUGACAGAGCCAAGUGAAGGCUACAGCUGCUGAGGGCCAACCAUCCAUGCGGUACACCCACUCAGAAUGUGCCCUGAAACUCAGGAUCUCAGCCUAGCCUCUGCCAGAGCCCCAGCUUCCCAGGUGGUGAGCACAGCGGGGAAGGGUGGAGCCGCCCACCCAUCUCCCCCAGCAAAGCCCUCCCCACUUCCUGCCCUAACCAGCGGGUAGGCUGAGGGCGCUGCCUCAGCAAGCAGGAGGCCUGGGCGGGGGCAAAGGCAAGGGCCGGAUGUGGGGACCCUGUCGGUCUAACACAGUAAAGCUGGCCUCUAGAAACA